AUGGCGGUAACUGGGGAUGAACAUCACAAUGCCUCACCGUCAUCACGGUGGGUUAGCAUGAAACAUGCGUUUACCUCAUGGCAUGCAUUCCACGACUCGAUGCGGCUGCAGAGUGCUUCUUCGAUGCUAGCGAACGAGGACUUGCUGCCCUCGCCUCCCGAGCGACAGACCUGGACCGUGUGGAACUUUUUUGCUUAUUGGUGGAGCGAAUCCUGGGCCGUAUCAACAUGGAGCCUGGGCUCGUCACUCAUCGCCCUCGGUGCUACCGUGCGAGAUGCAUUGCUCGUCGUAUUAUUUGCCAAUAUCCUGUCGGCCGUGGUAAUUGUUCUCAAUGGCCGUGCCGCGUCGAGAUAUCAUAUUGGGUAUCCCGUGCUGGCUCGGGUGACCUUUGGAAUUUAUGGGUCUUAUUUCUUCGUGGUCUUGAGGGCCAUAUUGGGUGUAAUCUGGGCUAGCCAGCAAAUCACUACUCAAGGAAUGAUCGGUUUCUUCCUUGCCUUCGUCUUCACCCUACCCCUAAUGCUCAUCCACACUUCCAAGAUCAGACACCUCUUCAGCUUCAAAUCUGUCGUCUUCCCCCUCGCCGCCCUCGGCGUGGUAUGCUGGGCCACUACGGCCAACGGUGGCCGCGUAUCCGCAAACAAGCUGGAAGACACAUCGCUGCAGUCCUCAUCCACAGCAGUAUUCGCAUGGGGCAUAAUUGGCCAAUUCAAUGCCGUCAUGGGCGCGAAUUCCGCACUGCUCGUCACAGUACCUGAUCUAGCGCGCUAUUCCAAGACCAAAAAUGCCCAACUAUGGGGCCAGCUUCUGGGUCUACCUAUUGCUCAGCUUAUCUGUGCCGCUAUUGGGAUAAUCACCACCUCGGCGGUACACAAUAUGUGGGGGGAACUGUUUUGGAAUCCGUAUGAUCUUUUGGAUGCUAUCCUGGAUCAUUCGUAUACAUCCAAGGCCCGUGCUGGUGUUUUUUUUGCUUCUGCAUCCUUCGCUUUUGCCACUAUGGGCACAUCGAUUGCAUGCAAUAUAGUCCCGUUUGCUGCCGACGUGACGUGUUUGGCACCGAAAUAUGUCAAUAUUAUUCGAGGCCAGUUUAUCUGCUUGAUCCUUGCCUUUGCUAUUGUGCCAUGGCGCAUUGUCUCCUCGGCAAACGGCUUCCUCAGCUUUCUCUCCGGCUAUUCCAUCUUCCAAGGCAGUGUUGUAUCCAUCAUGACGGUCGACUACUUCCUCCUCCGCCGCGGCAAUCUGCACAUUAGCGCCAUGUUCACAACCUCACGUCUCGGGGAAUACUACUACAACUUCGGAGUCAACUGGACCGGCAUCGCAGCCUUCAUCGCCGGGUUCUUGCUCCCAUUGCCAGGAUUCAUCUCUAGUUUCGGUACGGUAUCUUUCAGUAGUACUGCGGCAACGGACAUAUUUGUGACUGCUAGAAAGACGGUUAGGUCUUGUAGCGAAGUCGCCUUUGAGGCCAAUGUGCCGAAAUCGAUUGGGAUGGGGGUGCAGAGUGAUACGUUGGUGGUCGAUGGGAUUGAGAUCGUGGUUGGUAUGUCGACUCACGAGCAGGAUGAUAUGGCUUCCUCGCCUUUUUCUGUUGCUGCUGGCCCUGCCAAGGGCGAUCUUGUAUGA